AUGAAUUCGAGCUCUCAACUCCGAUACCAGGCAUCACGUUCCGUAUGCACCUCAACAACACGAUGGCCUCGCCGAUCAAACAACCAGUUCCACCCCAAGCAGUCGGCGUUUGGUGCUAGCAGACGAAUAUAUAUCGAUACAGAUCCCCAAAACCCCUCGCAGUCGAGCGUCUCACCCCCAGAUCCUGCAGAACCUGCAGUUGCAAAUACCAGUGUCGACCCGCCGAGAGAAGAAUCUUCCUCCUCUCCCCCAGCACCUCCAGAAUCCAUUGCGCUAUUUCCCUCCUCUCCGCCUACACCUCUAGAAUCUAUUGCCCUACGCUCCGAUGUUUUACCCGUGUGCUGUCCGGGAUGCGGCGCAUACUCACAGACGAUCGAGCCCGCAGAUCCGGGAUAUUACGAUGUGUCUCGAAGAAGAGUGAAGAAGAUAUGGGGAAAGGCACAGCACGCUAAACGAGCGCAAGCUUCGGCGGCCCAGAAUGAUAAUAAGGCGGAUAAGGAGAUGGAAAAUGAAGUCAAUACUGAAACCGAUGCUGCUAUUGAACCACAGGAUGAGCAGCCCGCCGAAAUCGACACUGUCGCUGCCACGGAAUUCAUUCAAGCCUCGACGCUCCCAAGCCAGAUUUGUGACCGCUGCCAUGAUCUUCUAUACCAUAACAAAGGAAUCUCUGCUCCGUCCCCCAGUAUCAAUUCUAUUGCUGCCUACCUGGACGAAUCGCCGCACAAGUCAAAUCGGGUCUACCACAUCGUUGACGCGGCCGAUUUCCCCAUGUCUUUGAUAUCAGGCAUAUACGACGCUUUGGAGCUGCAAGGCCCCAAAUCCAAAAACCGACGAGCACGGACGGAAAAGUACAAAUACAGCAAGAAAAUGACAACACUCAGCUUCGUCAUCACGCGGUCAGAUUUACUAGCUGCGACCAAAGAACAGGCCGAUUCUCUCAUGCAGCGAGUUCGGUCGAUCAUUAUGAAAGUCAUGCGUUUCAAGCAGGAGGAUAUCCGACUGGGUAGCGUGCAUAUGAUCAGUGCGCAUCGCGGCUGGUGGACGACGCAGGUCAAGGAAGAAAUCCGCAAGCACGGCGGAGGAAUUUGGGUCGUUGGCAAGGCAAACGUCGGCAAGAGCAACUUUAUCGAAUCGUGUUUCCCCAAGGACUCGAAGAACAUAGCGAAGAUUACAGAGCUAUUCGAACGCCGAAAGGAGGAAGGAAAAGCACUGUCAGGCGCAAACCCGGUGGCUAGUGAUGCUUUCUCCGACGCACUGCCUGAUCAGCAUAUUCUAGGCGGGGAUAAUCUUCUUCCGCCAGCGCCUCGCGAAGAACUGUUUCCUACACUUCCUGUUAUUUCGAGCCUUCCGGGGACAACAGUAUCCCCCAUUAGAAUCCCCUUUGGCCGCGGACAUGGAGAGAUGAUCGAUCUGCCGGGUCUCGACCGCAGCACGCUGCCAGACUUUGUCCUGGACCAGCACAAACCGGACUUGGUCAUGACCAAACGAAUCAACCCAGCCGAUCCGCUCACCAUCCUCGACCGACAAUCCCUGCUAAUCGGCGGUGGGCUGAUCAGAAUCACGCCCGUGGCGCCAGAAGGCAUCACCAUCCUGGCCGCAUGCUUCGUCCCGCUCGAAACGCACAUCACUCGCACCGAUAAAGCCAUUGAAAUCCAAUCAGGUGUGCGAAAAUACAACACCGGCGGCGGCGACCGCGGCACCACCAUCAUCAAGCCCGAGUUUCUCGAAAACAACAACGACACCAUCCGAUCCGCAGGCACGUUCACGCUGAGCACCGACGUGACCACAAGCAACCUGCCCAGCAUCAUCAAAAAGAAAUGGGACGACCACGGCAUCAAACCGGAUCUCAACGCCUUACCGUACAGAGUGUUUUCCACCGACAUUCUCAUCGAGGGAUGCGGCUGGAUUGAGCUAACUGGGCAAAUCCGCACGAAGAAACAAACAACCUCUGCCAAUGAGUCUCUUGAUAUAACAGACCUACCCAAAGUUGAAGUUUUCUCCCCGCUCGGAAAACAUGUCUCUGCCCGGCCGACGCUGGAGAUCUGGAAAUUCAUCCGCGACAAACGCAAGGCCGAUAAACGCAAAGGCCAGUACACGUCUGGAUCGCAUCGGCCGCGGAGGCAGAGUAUCAGCCAUACGAAGAGAACUUUGCGUGGUGGUGCUUGA